GCGCGGAGCACCGAAUUCGUGCACGGACGCCUUUUCUCUUCUUACACUGACGACGACUGUAGAGCCGACGAGAACCUGGUCAAUUUUGGAAGUCGUAUGAGACCCAGCGGUUGCCUUGCAAAUGAGUUCAGAUGUCUCCGCUACACAAGAUAAACGGAGUUUACACUAUAUCGUUCGGUCGGGUCUAGCAGGAGGAGUUGCUGGUUGUCUUGCGAAGACUGUAGUUGCACCAUUAGACCGAGUAAAGAUUCUAUUUCAGGCUUCAAAUCCUGAUUUUCAGAAGUAUGCGGGGACCUGGAGUGGUGCCUUUCGGGCUGGCUCUGAUAUCUACAAGUCCUCCGGAGCGCGCGGACUGUUCCAAGGUCACUCAGUGACCUUACUUCGCAUAUUUCCCUAUGCUGCCAUCAAGUAUAUGGCCUAUGACCAAGUCCAUCACUAUUUAAUGCCAACUCGAGAUAAGGAAACCAAUUUUCGUAGAUUUUCCGCUGGCUCAAUAUCCGGACUGAUAUCAGUAUUAUUCACUUAUCCUUUGGAAGUUUUUCGUGUUCGACUAGCUUUCCACACGAAAUUCCCGGAACAGUCCAACAAUUCCCUCCUUCGUUCCUUUAAACAAAUUUAUCACGAACAAGCUACUGAUAGCCGUCCAGCAUCUGGACUGACGCCCAACACGAACUAUUACUUCAAACAAUACCCUAUCCUGAAAUUCUAUCGCGGAUUUUCAGCUACACUCAUUGGAAUGAUACCGUACGCCGGGGUAUCCUUCUUGAGUUGGGGGUACUUACGCGCGCGUUUUCUCCCUCCGCCCAAGGAAGGCAAGAUAAAAUCAACGCCUGUUGCUGAUCUGACAAUAGGUGCUGCGUCAGGUGCAAUGGCACAGACCGCGUCUUACCCUUUUGAAGUCAUAAGAAGGAGAAUGCAAGUUGGAGGAAUAACGCAGCCCAACAGAUGGCUACAAUGGGGAGAGACUGUACACGCUAUAUGGGCUUCAUCCGGCUGGAGAGGAUUUUAUGUCGGACUCAGCAUAGGUUAUCUGAAAGUCAUUCCAAUGACUGCGGUGAGUUUCGCAGUUUGGCAAAGUGGAAAACGUUUUCUGGGUGUUAUUGUUUGA